AUGCGGCUGGAAUGCAGCAUCUCUGGUGACUCACGGCAGCGAGCGAGUCGCGUAUAUGUGCACCGAGUGCGGCGAGGGCUUGUAAGCAGUCCCAGCAACCCUGAGAGAGCAUCGGAUCGCGUGCACGGAGAGAGCAAGGAGUUCGACUGCGAGGUGUGUCACAAGUCGUUCUCGAAAAGGUGGGACCUAUUUCAGCACAUGAAUAUCCAUACCAAAGACAAGCCGUACAGGUGUAAGAAAUGCCACGAAUGUUUCACACAGGGCAGCGCGCUGAAGCAGCAUCAGAAGAUUCACCGCGGCGACCGGCAGCAUGAGUGCGAGCUCUGCAACGAAGCGUUCUACCACUCCAGCAACCUGCGUGCUCACAUGCGCGUGCACACGG